AUGGUUGAUCUGAUGAUAAAUCGAAAGCAGACCAUUUGUGGAAUAGGAGUUAAACGUCUCUUCUGGCGAGGCUCAAAUAAUCUUAUUGGCGGGGACCCUCGAGCCCUGGAUAUGACUGUGUGGUCGCCGCCUAGGGACCUCGUAAUGCGGCAGAAUUACAACGCCGAGUCUCGGUGCCCCGAGAGCCCGACAAUUACGUACGUUCCCAGCUUGCACCAGCUCGAGUUGCUGGCAACAAAACAACCACAAUACAACCGCGACCUCGUUGAAAACCGCAUUUAUACCGGCCAUCGCCCAAAGCGACUCCACCACCACCACCACCAAAUGCCAAGCACCUACCUCAUCAUCGGCGGCGGCAUCGCCGGCCCCGUCGCCGCCCUCCGCCUAGCCCAGGACGGCCACCGCUGCACCAUCUACGAGCGCGCCGCGCGGCCGCACACCAUCGGCGGCGCCAUCAACCUCGCGCCCAACGGCCUGCGCCUCCUCAGCCGCCUGGGGAUCGGCGACGAGGUGCGGCGCCGCGGCUGCGCCGUGUCGGCGUUCGACGUGCGCGACGAGGGCGGCGCCGCGCUGGGUUCGAUCGCCAACGCCAGCCGGGACGGGCUGUUCCCGGGGGUCAGGAUCAUGCGCUCCGCGCUGCAGGAGAUCUUGGUCGCGGAGGUGGCGCGGCGGAGCGGGGUCGCGGUCGAGUUUGGGAGGGAGCUGGUGGCGGUCGAGGGGGGUGGGGAUGGGGUCGUUGCGCGGUUCGCGGAUGGGAGUGUCGCGGUGGGGGAUUACCUCGUUGGCGCGGAUGGGAUCCACUCGACAGUUCGGGGCUACGUGGCGGCGGAUGUGAAGCCGGAGUAUACGCGGCAGUCUCUCGUCUAUGGCAUCUUGCCCACCAAGGAUCUCCCCGAUGUGGACUUCGCGUCCAUGCCGCCGACCUGCGCGGUCUUUGCUCGGCGAGGCUUCUUCGCUGCAGCGUUUACAGACGAGAGCCGGUCUUGCCUGUACUGGAUUGCGGCAAAGACUAAGGAAGUCGCAGAGAGGAGCUCCGACGUAGAGAAGAUCCGGGCGGAAGAGUACGAGAGGUUCAAGCAGCUUUAUGAACCCUUGCCGCAGAUCAUCGCCGCCACAAACGAGUUCUUCUCCUGGCCAGUGUACGAACUCCCCGAGCUCGAGAGGUGGUACAAGGGACGGGUCGUGCUUGUCGGCGACGCUGCGCAUGCGCUACCGCCAAACAUGGGACAGGGAGUUAGCCAGGCUAUCGAGGACGUAUUUAUGCUCGCACGAGUUGUCUCGCAUGGCCGAGGGUUCGACCGGUAUGAAGAGCUGCGCAAGCCUCGGAUCGCGAAGUUGCGGGCGACGAUCAGGAAGCAGACUAGAGAGCAGGAAAGAGGGCCGUGGGCACAGUGGCUAAUGACAUGGGGAUUUUGGGCGUUCUUGAAAGCGGUCGCGGUACUGAACCUGUUCAUGGCCUGGGAUGAUUUUGCGUACGACCCUGAUACCAUCAAGAUCUGAUAGGGAGCUUUAUUUUUGUAAUAAUAGUGUAGUAUAAUAUAUAGGGGGCAAUCUUUGCUCAAUAGCGAGGUCUAACGAC